GCAAGAUACUCAAGGAGGGUUCUUGCUCAACGUCUCUAUUUACGAGUACAAUGCAUGGGCGGUGUAUGGCUCGAUGGGAUCCUGCUUCGCGCAGGGCAUCCUGCAUAACACCUGAAAGUAUAUAAUUAUUAAUUUAUUACCUAUUUACUUACUAAUAUAAUAUUAAUAUUUAUUUAGGUACUUAAUUUUAAAUAAGAUGAUAUAAAAUCCACUGACACUGCAUUCAAUCGCGAAUGGUCAACUUUGAUUACUUUAUGGAUUUUCUUCCAAUGUGCCCGAUCUUUUUGGGUUAGUCCCAACAAAAAAAAACAAACUGUUAACUGUGUUAAAACUGUUGCAAUUUUCUGAUCAAUCAUUCCUUUCAGAUAGAUCUGAAAGGAAUGAUUGAUCACUAUCUUCAUCCUUCAAAUCACAUAUUUCUAAUUGAUUUUAAUAGACUCUCGCCAGCAAAAAUAGCCUCCGUCCGUAAAUAGUUUAACUCCAUGGAUUACUUCAUUUUUUAGAAGGACAGAAUUAAGGUUAAUUCAGAAUGGUGAACGUUAAGCUCCCCGAAUGUUUUUUCAACAAUAUUCCACAGAUCAACUUUUCCCGCUCUUUUGAAAUGUUGGGAACAUUACGUAUUUCAAUGGUAGAAGACUUUGAAUUACUUUCAAUAUCUUCAAUUUCUGAUUCGAGUGUAGCAAUUUGUAAUUUAGUCUUGCUUGCGUUCCUUUUCAAGAAUUUCCACUUUUACCUUAAAUCUCUAAUAUUGAUCAUUAAGAAAAGGUAGUAAUAAUAAUAAAUAGAUAUAAUAAUAAUCUUUGUAAUAUUAAAAUUAAUAUAAUAAUUAUAUAAUUCAUUUCACUUAACACCAGGUUAAGUGAAAUGAAUGCCCUCCUUUUCCAUAACAAAUUGUAAGUUUUAUUACAAAAUUUUAAGUUUUUAUAUCUGUUAAUUCCGAGAUAAUUUUAUCCAAAAUGGAGUUUUGACUAUCAUUCUAGUCAUGCAACAUGGUUUUGAUUUUUAAAGUUGACAGUUGACACUAUUAAUAAUCACCAUGUUUUUAUUUUCUUUUAAUUUAUUUAGUGGCUCACUCUUUCUUAAAAUGCAUUUUCGAAAAAUUUUGUUACACUUUUCGAGUCUUAGACUUCAAGUGUUCCGCAGGGUUCUAUUCUCGGUCCUUUAUUGUUUCUUAUAUAUUUUAACGAUCUACCGUUUGUGGUAGAUGAUAGCUAUGAGAUUGUAUUGUUUGCUGAUGAUACUUAACUAAUUUUAAAAGUGUAGCGACGUGCAGAUAUUGAUGUCAAGGUAAUCAAUGCACUCUCAAAGAUAGUGCGUUGGUUUGAUACGAGUCAGUCUGCACUUAAACAGUAAAAAAACAACGUGUUUAGGAUUCAGUAAUGUGUGUUUGGUGAAACACACAUUAGUAUACGAAUGUUGCUACCGCUAGAUUAGUGUACUCUAGUUAUUUUCAUAGCAUCAUGACGUACUGUAUUUUACUGGUGGGGGUCAUGCUGCUGACAUUGAUAUAGUGUUUGCUCUGCAUAAGAGAGCUGUUCGUGAUAUAUAUGGCUUGGUUAUAAACAGUCACUCAAAGAUAUAUUUAAAGAAAUAAAUAUUAUGACCGUUCAUUGCUAGUACAUUUAUAAAAAUUCAAUAUACGUUUACAAAAAUCAUCAUAUUUAUGCUGUUAAUAGAUUUUUAUUAUUAUAACACAAGAAAUAAGGGAUUGUUUGUAACUUAUUUUGUAGGCUUCAUACAUAAUAGCUUUAAGUAUAAAUUUAUACACUUUUAUAAUAAAAACCAGCCACUGUUCAGGUAUUAUAUAAUAUAUUUAAAUGUUUUAUUAAAAACUAGCUCUGUCGUAAAUCCUACUACUCCACAGCUGAAUAUCUAAGUGAUUGGACAGCCUGGGACUAGAUUAUGAUUAUUUUAUAGCAAUAACAAUGACAGUACAAUGUUGUAUAUUUUAAAAAGAGCACAAAAAAAGAAUGCUGGGAGAGUUUCUUGCACAGCUCAUUUCGCUCUGAUAGCGCCAUUUGUUUCCGAAGCGGUGGUACUGUUAGAAAUGUCAUCAAAAAAAAAAAUUAUAAGGGAAUCAAUUUUGAGAAAAUAAAUGCCUUUUUGUUGAUUAGUAUAUGAACACAUACCCAUACCUACAUACUACGCAUCCAUACAUACAUCAGGAUGAUGAGGCGGAGGUAUGCCUAUGUUCGUUCGUUUCGUUCAGAUGUUUUUUUCAUAUGUGCCAUGCCACAAAUGAAAAAAACAUCUGAACGAAACGUAUGUCAGAACGAAAACAAUUUUAAAACAACAAGGCGCUGUGUGGUGAUGGAAUUACAGCCGAGCUUUGUAUUAAAUCCUUUUAAAGAACUUAUAGACCGGUAUCACUUAAUGCACCUGCCUUGAACUUACACAUUUAGAUUUCCACCUGUUUCGAUCUCUUCAGAACUCUUUUGGCAGAGUCAGGUUAACUUUGAGAGAUGAGUACCGAAAUUACAUGUCGCAUUUUUUUCAGAAGUUCCAUAUCACCCUACCUACAUGAUGACAAAAAUCCACCGAACAAAAUGCCUCUUAUGUGCUGUAGUUGGUACUUAUUUAUAUGGGAACUUUGAAAAAUAAAUAUCUUGAGUUUUCAAAUAAAAUUCGAAAAAACUUUAUCCCCAGCCUAUUAAUACUUAAUUAUAAUAGAGUAAUGGCACCUGUCCUUAUCUCUUAUAUUAUGCAACAUUGAAUGUAUUAGUGAAAUUUUAUUAUAAUAUUAAGUGUAAUUUAAAGUUUCUAUUUUACUUAAUUUAAUACGAUAAUUAGGUAGUAGAGUAUUUAAAUCGAUAAAAUUAAAAUAUGUGCUACAGUAGCGCUCAAAACCAUCUAUGUUGAAUAUGUUUGUCACUCUGGUCACUUUCAUCAUUUUAAUAAUUGUUAGUAUUAUUCGUCUUUUUCAUCAGACAAAAUAUGAUUACUGGUCGAAGAGAAACGUGAAACAUGAUAUUCCCUUACCAUUUUUUGGAAACCAUUUUGCGACAAUGUCUUUUCUUAAAACCGAGACAGAGACUUAUCAGGAUUUAUACAAUCGAUAUUAUACAGAAAAGCUAGUUGGCUAUUACAAGGGGAAUAAGCCAAUUUUAAUAGUGAGAGAUCCAGACUUAAUCCAAAAUGUGUUAAUGACCGAUUUUACUUCCUUCUACGCGCGUGGUGAAGAAAAUCCUCAUAAAGAACCAAUGAUGCUAAAUUUGUUUAGUGUUAAUGGAGACUAUUGGCGUCUACUUCGCUAUAAACUUUCUGCAGCUUUCUCUAAAAGAAAAGUAAGAAAUUCAUUUCCAUUAAUCUUAGAUUCUAAUGAAAAAUUCAAAAAGUUACUUCAAGAUAUUUCAUUAGAAGCAGGACAAGUAAGUGCGCUUGAUAUAAUAAAACGAUACACAAUACAUGUGAUUUGCAGAUGUGGUUUUGGUGUUGAUACAGAUGCACUUACCGACAAGAAUUCUCGGUUUUUAGAAUUUGGUGAAACUGUUCUAUCUCGACCAUUAUCGUAUAUUUUCAGAACCCAUUUAGCAGAUGUCUUUCCUUCCCUAAAACGUUUUUUUGGUAAACCGUAUCUUGUACCAAAACUUGUGAAGAAGAUAAUAGCUGAGAUUACAGAAACCGUGCGCAAGCAAAGAAACUACAAGCCCAACGGAUGCAGUGAUUACAUGGAUGUUCUUCUAGAAAUAGAGAACAGUGGAAAACUAGAGGGAGAAUCGUAUGAAAAGAAAAAUGAAGAUGGUUCUCCUGCAAAAACAAUACUUCAUGUGGAUUUUAAAUGCAUAGCAGCACAGGUGUAUGUGUUUUUCGCAGGUGGAUUUGAUACGACAACAAUUGCGGGAGCUGUCACGCUAUACCACUUGGCCCAGCACCAGGAUGUUCAAGACCAGAUAAGGAAAGAAAUAGACAGCGCCUUUUUAAUGACAGAAAACAAUCUUUGUUAUGAUCAAAUAAAAGGUAUGCAACAUCUAGAGAGGGCUAUUAAGGAAUCCUUGAGGCUUUUCUCUCCAAGUGGAAUUCUGGUAAGAAGAAGUGUAAAGGAAUAUACGUUUCCUGGUACCGAUGUUACGAUUGACCCUGAUGUUAUGAUCAUAAUUCCUGCUCAGGCUAUACAUUUGGAUGAAACAUACUACGAAAAAUCUAACGAAUUUAAGCCGGAGAGAUUUUCGCUUGAAGCAAUUGAGAGUAGACAUAAAUGUUCGUAUUUGGCAUUUGGUGAAGGACCAAGGAGAUGUAUAGGUGAAAGGCAAGGAAUGAUACACUUAAUGACUGGUUUGGUGACAAUAAUCAGAAACUUCCAUAUAGAACCAGUCCUUUUGCCGAAAACUCUUCGUGCUAAGCGUGUUGAAUUUAUGGGGCAACGCCUAGGUUCCGAUCUUUUCAUAAAAAUAAUACCAAGGAAUAUAGCAAACACACAUCCAUAACUUCUCAAAAGUGUUUGAUAAUGUUUUAAAAUAGAACUAACGCAGUGAAAAUAAACUGAAGUCGUAAUUAUUGUUCACUCCUUUGGCGGAAUAUACAA